AUUAAAAAUCAAAAAAAAUAAUUUCCAUCAGAAAAAAUAAUUUUAGUUCAAAAAAAUAUUGCAAAAAUAGGUGAAAAGAACCCGGCCUAACUUCUUACCCCAUUGUUUAGAUUUAUCCAAAUAAAAAAGACAUUUCAAGUACUCCUAAUUUUGACACUCCAAUCUCUUGCUUAUCCCCUCCUAAAACCUCUCAAACUCUCACCAUGACUACCACCUUCCUCCUUCUCCCCACCAAAUUCCUCCCUCCAAAACCUCCAUUCCUCCCACUCUCCACUCUCUCUCUUCCCCCCACCACCACUUUCUCUCUCCUCUCCUCAAAACCCCUCUUCACCCCUCUCAAACUCCGAGACUUUCGGGUUUUCUCCGAUGACGGGGACGCCGAUGGCGGAGGAGAUGACUAUGAAAUGGACGAUGAGGAGGUGGAGGAAGUCGAUAACAAGAAGGAUUUCGAUGUCGAAUACGAACCACUUGGGAUUGUUUCUUCUGUUGGGAUGAAUGAUGAUGAGGUUAUUCAGGUUGUUCAGAGUAAGAAUUUUGUGAAUACUCAAGAAAGGGAUUCUGUUUUGGUGGUUGAUUAUCGGAUUAAUGAAGAGGAGUUUCAUAAGAUUUGUUUGUUUGAUUGUGAUUUCUUUAUUCGGAAACCCCCUGAUCCUGAUAAUGAUGUCUAUGAUUUUAGAGAGAUGUAUGUAACACCACCAGAUACAGAUGUUUACUCAAUUCCCAAAGUUCUGGCUCCCAUGCCUGAUAAGUAUAUUCGAUGUGCAAAGAGUGAUUAUGGAUGCUACAAUGUGACUGAACCACCAAUUGAUGCCCCUCGAGAUCCAAUGUAUAAAUCUGAGCGAGAAGUCUCUAAGGUUUUCCUGACAAAGCAUUAUAGAAAUAGGAGAUUAAACGACCCAGAAUUUUUUUUAGAUUUCGAGGAGAUAUAUGUUAUUGAUUCGAGAACAAAGUCUAUUACACGUGCAAAAGUUUUGGUCACAGUGCCAGAAGGGAGAAAGAGGGACAGAAAGGAUGACUUGCUUGUGAUCCGUGAUAACGGGAACUCAUUCAAGAUAAUUCCUGCGAAUCAAAGAGAUGAUCCAACCACUGUCAUAGAACGGGAAGAGUGGACAAAAUCUAGGCAAGACAUGGAGAAACAUUUAAGGAAGCUACGUGAUUUCAGCAUAUCGAAUUGGAUCUAGAACCACUUCCAUUAACAAGGCAGGCAUGAUUUGUAACUCUCCUGAGUAAUCACUAAUGUACAUUACGGAGCACUUAUUGUUUAUGAUAGAAAUUUAUUAAAUAGUCAAGUUGUCAUGUAGUAGUAGAACUACCAAAUUAGAACUACCAAAUUAGCCAACAAGUCCCAGAAAAUGAAUGUGUUUAUAGAGUAACUUCACAUUUAGGCCAAGAUUUUUAUCAAUUAAAUUCGAAUGGACACUUCCACAAUAUUUUUUAA